GGUUGUGGUAGGGAGGAAAUGGUUUCAGAGGGGGGUAGAGGGGAUGUGCCAGUAUCCUGUGUCCAGAUCAGUUCGACUCCUGCCUGGGGUUUAGGCGAGUGGGUUUUGGUGAGUUUGCGAGUGAGCGCAGGGGUAGCAGGGCGAUGGUGGUGUUGGGGCCGGAGCGAAGAUGACUCCACAGCACAGGGCCAGUCCCCAUAUCAGAACACAACAGGGGGAAGAGGGCAGCACACAUAAGAAGAAGAUGAAGUCGAUGCUUCAGAGGCGGAGGACUGCCCAGUCUGUCAUUAACAGAGCACUCAACAAUCCCAGAACCCAAAGCAGGGCUGCAAUCUCUGUGGAACGCUGCCCUUGGCAUGUGAGUCAGCCCGACAUGUCUGUCACCCAGGGUUCCUUUUUUGUCAUGGAGGAACAUGUUCACCUCACAAACGGACUGCAGACCCAGGAGAGACACCUCUUCCUCUUCACUGACAUCCUCAUCAUUGCCAAGUCCAAGUCUUCGGCGAGUCUGAAAGUGAAGGCCCAGGUACAACUCAGCGAGAUGUGGCUCGCCUCCUGUGUGGAACAGGUCUCUGAGCGCAAACUCAGCUCCAAAAACUCCUUUGUGAUUGGCUGGCCCACCACCAAUUAUGUCGUUACCCUCAGUUCCACAGAGGCUAAGGAGAAAUGGCUGUCAACUCUGAAGUGGUACAUCAUUCAGUCCAAGCAGAAUGAACUUCCAUCUAAAAUUGUCAUGAGGGUCACAGUGGUGGAUGGCAGCGUCAUGACUGCAGCACUUCAACUGGAUAGCAAUGUCACUGCUGAACAAAUCAUUCAGAUGAUUGCUCUUCAGCAUGGAUUAAGAGGACCACCGGCGGAGUAUCAGCUCUGGGUGGAGACAGCUGGGGAGGAAACCCUGUGUGUCCUCAUCGGGCACGAGCUUCCGUACAGCAUCAUCCUCCACCACCUGCGGGUGUCCGAGUGUCUGCGCAUGGUGAGGGGCAGCUUGUUGACUGCCGAGGGCACACUGCACCUGGAGCUCCUGCCCAGGGAAAUCUCGGUUCCUCUCUUCACCCUCAGGGCCCGCAGCGCCAGGCACCACCCUGCUCAGGCUGAUUUAUCUCAGAAGCAGAGGCGAAAGAGAUCUCUCAUAGAUUGGGCGCUGCGAAGAGGGGCCAGCAGCCAAUCAAGUUGCCCGCCAGACUUCCCCUGCAGUGCUCUAUUUGGCCAGCCGCUGUCCUCUGUCUGUCCUGAUGGAAGUCCACCUCAGCCUGUCAUGGACAUGCUCCAUGUGCUGUACCAGGAGGGCCCAGCUACUCUGGGUAUUUUCCGCCGCUCGGCCAACGCUAAGAGCUGCAGGGAGCUCAAAGAGAAGCUGAACGCUGGCAUGGGAUACUUGCCGGAGGGAGAGUCCCUGUUUGUCGUCGCAGCCGUCUUCACUGACUUCCUGCGGAGCUUACCAGGCAGCGUUCUGGGCUCUCAUCUCUACGAGCGGUGGAUGGAGGUGGCAGACGCGGGGGAAGAGGAGGAGAGGAACGCAGUCAUUGCUAGGUUGGUGGCUGAACUCCCUGAGGAAAACAGCACUCUGCUACGUUACCUUUUCUUGGUGUUGUAUCGAAUCCACCAACACUCGGAGGAAAACCAGAUGACUGCCUCCAACCUGGCUCUCUGCAUUGCCCCCAACAUGCUGACGCUGCCCUCACCUUCUAGCGCUGAAGAGGAGACCAAAGCCAUGAAAAAGGUUGCUGAGCUCAUUCAGCUGCUCAUUGAGAACACUCCCUCCAUUUUUGGUGAGGAUGUAGGAGGACUUCUGAGUCAGUGGAGGAAUGGGAGAGAUGAGAACGUGGCCUAUGCAGACGAGGCAGAAAUGCAUGCCAACUGGAGGGGUCAAAGGGUAUCCACCCCCACCUCUCUACUGCCCCCUGACCAGUUCCACCUGCCUCUGGCCAUGCUCACCCUCCGAGAGGACGGGGGGUUUGUUACUCAGUCUGGCUCCAGUGUUUCCGUCUGCUCCCUCCCCACUCGGCUAAGCCAUCUGUACUCAUCCCGGGACCGCUGUGCCUCUGAGCCCACCGUCUGCCCCGUGCCGCCCCACAGUCCUGUUGCCCGCCAAUCAAGCUGUGACGCCACCGUGAUUGACAGCUCAUCUGACCAGUCGCAGAGCCCCGGUAUGCAGGCACGUCGCCUCCAGGGCAAACACAAAUCGUGGUGGGGAGACUGUAAGGCGGGAACAGGGAAGGGGCGCUAUGCCCUGUGGAGGUCCCCUCAGAUCGCCCCACGCUUCCGGCACACAGCCGGCCACCUGCCCAGCCUCUCUAGCCUGUCCUCCACGGCGACCUCUUCCCUCAGCUCACUGGACAGUGCCCUGUCACUCACAAUGUCUGAGCCACUGUCCAGCCCCAAUGACACCGUGACCCGCCCUUUCCUCUUCGGUGCCACCGCCAGGCUCAGACCCCUAACGCCAGAUGUGCCCAGAAAGUUCCCGCCAGACUGGAGCAUGACCUUCCCUCAUGAGGAAGAGGAUGGUGAGGGUGAGGAAGAGGAGGAGGAGGAGGAAGACGAGGAGGCAGAGGAAGCCAAGAGAUGGAGCGAGCAAGGGAGGGGGAACGGAACAACGGAUGAAGAAGAGGUGGAGGCCACGGCCGAGAGGAGCAGCUCCCGGGGGACAGGCCUGUCUGAUGUGAGAAUGACUGUCUGCACUGCGAGCCAUCCAGAGGGGCACAGGGAGCAGGUGCAGUGGAAGAGUGACAGGUCCAGGGGUCAACGUGAGGUCACACACAUCAAGCUGAGCAGCUCUGGUUCCAUGGCGCCACCUGCGUGCUCCAACGUGCUCGAGGUGGAAAAUGUGCAGAGGACUAAAAUUACAUUAUACGCCUCUUCCGGAACUGUGACUGUAAAAGAACCUGUGGAUCACCCGGCAACAGAUCCGCUCACAGUGUCAUCCGCCAAUCCCCAAAGCCACACAGUGCGAGUGCAUAUUCCGCAGUCCGUGUUUUACGGCCAGAGCGCACCACUGGUGCUCCGCUCAGUCUCCACACGAGCGGUGAACGCCCCCAGCACUGCUGACGGCAUUGGCUCGGCACACACCGGCCCCACGCACACCAGAAUCACACUGUCGGGGGGCAUUAGCCUAUCAAACGCUCGGCACGGACCUGCGACUGCCAACUGUGCCGAGGGUACAAUGACGGCACGAUCGAAUGGUGCCAGCCAGGAUGUAAUUGAGAGUGGGAGUGUCAGUGCCUUUCCAGUGCCCACAGACCCUCCGAACUCCGGCUCUCAGAGCUCGCCCAAGCCGCACAGCAGAGCCGUGGCAGGGAUCCGCCACACCAUCCGCAUCACGCUGCCCACCGCCGUGCGGAACACUGUCCGAGAGUACUUCAGCCACGGAGACAGAGGCAGUCCCAACACUAAUGCCCAGUCGGCGGCUGUAGAGAAGGAGCUGGUUAUUAACAGACUGCAAUGGCAGAGCAGAGACACCCAUUGCUCCCCAUCUAAGGGCUGUCCAAGCUCAUCAGACAGAGAGGAAUCUUUCAUCUAGUAGCCACUGUCACAUUACAGAAAUGGAACAUGCAAUUAUGACUGUUUUGUUUUUAGAAGGUCAUAGAGGACAUACAUUUUGUGGUUUUAUUUUGUACAGUUUGUCCAAUAAAAUGCAAUGAAAAUUCUCUUACAAUAGGAGAACCUUACAAUAGGAGUGGCCUUUUAAAUGAGGGGUAUGCCGUGGAAUUCCUACUCACUAAACAGCGGACUCUCCGUUAUUUACAUUAUAUUACAUAAUCGCCUGCUCUCUCAAGCGUUGUACGAAUAUCAGGUUUUGCCUCAUCUACUCCUACAUCAGUUACUUGUCAGUAGGCAUGGGCUCAAACGAACCUUUCAGCCUCUAGCAUCCCCUGAGAGAUAGUGGUAUGGGAGGAUAAGAUUCCUGCUGUUGAUUUUUUGCCGGUAGAAUUGAAUGCAUUCGGUUACUUUUUGAUUAGAUUUAUUAAUCUGAUUUUCCUUGACAGUUUUGCACAAUGAGGAUGGUAGUGGUUCAGUUUGGUCCAUGGUGUUUUCUCUAUAUUUUUGCUCUGAUCUUGGUUCUGUGGUGUCCUUGUGGGGCUUUGUGUUACAUUGCCAUUUAAUCAAGGACAGCUGGAGAGGCGUGAGCCUGCUACAUUGUAGACCAUGCAGGGAAAUACAGUGCCCAGGGAUACCCUGCCCUUGGGGUGCUAUUGUAAAGCUUAUAGCAGACUUUUUAAGUAGCACCAAUGAGAAACAUAGGGUAGCUCAGAAAGAAGCCAGCAGGAUUAUCCAUUGUCUCACAAGCUGAGAUCACUUCUUUUUAGAGUCUCAUUGGUCACUCAGUUUGUAUCCACUUCAUUUGAACUGCUCGAAAUGCUACCAGGAGGACUUAGGAAUGAAUGUGAAAGAACUGGGCCUAACUGAACAAGCAAUACACUGAACAAUUAAAUGGAAUUUUGAAAUGAGAGCUGAAGAGUAAUUGGGUGAAGCUGUGAUUGAUAGGAUGAUGAAAUGAAUGAGAAACUGACUAAAGGGUGAGUCUAAUGAACCAUUACAUAUGUGGCCAUCUGACUUAAAUAAUUAACUUUAAUUAGAAGAACAGGGACCGGCAGCCAUUUCCUCCACAUUGCUUCAUUCGUUUUGGAAAAAAUGUUAUUACAGAAUGUCACAAAGAUUAAUUUCCCAGGGUGCUGCGCAUGUGUAGGUAUCUCUAGGUAUCUCUGCUGUGCAUGUGUAGGUAUAUGACAGGCCCUUUGUAGUUCAAUUGGUUUGGUAUUGUGGGUAUUAAUACCUUUAAGACUAUUGAAAUAACCUGGAGACUUUAGAACAGUUUGAGGCACUUUGUCAUAUGUGCUGACAAAGACUCCGUACAAAUAAUGCAUUUACUAAACAAAAAUGAAUCCCAACUUAUUUUUCAGCUUGUGGUAGGCAUCUCCAUUGUUUAGAAACAAUGAUAACAGAUAAGAUUGUCAUAUGAGUUUUUUUUCAUUCUUUCGGAUGAUUAUGUUUUGAAUGAUGAUUUGUGUUAGAAUGACUUCCAAUACAGUACGUUUUUAUUGAAAGCCUGCACUGCAGGAAUUGGCCAGGAUUUGACAAUGUGGAGAACAAUCAAAGUAACAUUUAAGACACACUAUAUAGGUUUUUUGAAAGGACACUGCCCAGCUUUUUGUCACAGUGUCUGUAAACAGCUAAUUUUUCUUAGAGAGCUACUAUUUGCUAAAGUAGUACAAAGCUCUUCCACCAAUCUACCUUUCUUUGCCACACACUCUCCUGAAGUAGAUGUUUUUAUUUAUGAACGUUGUGAAUAUAAUGUGAGUAUAACAUACAAAUGGGUGAAAGUGUUCUGAACAUUUUAUAUGUAGUUUUUUCCCCCACAGUUUGUUCGUCACAAUAAAUGAUUUUUUCUUCACUGGUUAA